UUGUUAGCUGUUGUUGGCCUCGGAAUGCCUCUUGCAAUGCCUCUCGCCCUCUCCGUCUUACUGCCGAGUGAAAGUAGGAUUUUGCUUUCUACCUAUCGUUUGUACUCAGUGACAAAUAUGUUGCCGCACUGAAUCCACUAAAAUGUACGCUCGUUACUCCGUAUAUCUCGGGAUACCUGUGCAAUUAAGAGGAUAUUAGAAUUUUUCUGUGGUACUCUGUUGGUGAACUACUGGAGAAAAAGUGGAGAUAAAGUGGAGAAAAAGUGGAGAAAAAGUGGAGAAAAAGUGGAGAAAAAGUGGAAAUAAUAGUGCACCAUGGUGGAGUAAUUUUCAUUUACUCCUCACUUCCUUUAUUUUCUCCUGUCGAGGUUUAUCACACCUGGGGAUAGGUGGGCUAGGGUACCUCGAGGGUGGUUAUCGGGCUGUGAAUUAUGAAGGUAUUUUCAAUGCACUCCGACGUUAAUGUCGCAAAAUUUCUCAUCGUGGGAUUUGUUCUCAUUGCUGCCUGCACCAGGACCAGUCAGGAUGGGAUCGGAGAGAAUUGGAAUAAUCAGUUACCAACGAAUUCGGUGUAUCCUGGUGGGACCAGGGUCCAGGGCUCCUCGGGGGAUAUGACACUGCAGCCGGAUGAGGGGGCGAGUUUCGAGGAGACCCUGAGGGAUACCGCCAGUGAGGAAGUCGAUUAUGAUGAUGAAUAUGAGGAGAGUGGACACCGACAGUCCAAGGACAUACGCGAGAUGAGAAAUCAACGAAAUUCCUCCCACGAAAUCAAUUCCAAGACAAAAGAGAAGAACCCCAGAGACAGCGCUGAUUACUCUUACUAUUACUAUUACGAUGAUGACUACGAUAACGCCACGAAUUCACAUCUUCCAGACCACCCGGACCCAUCAGUCCCCGAGUCAGCGAGUGGGGCCCCCCCUUUAAAUUCUCCCCUGCCAGCUGCGCGUCCCCAGGAAACCCUGGAAGCCCCCAGUGACCCCCAGAACACCGACGACAGAAUUCUCAUCGGCGAGGCGAUAGUCUCAGUGGUGACAACUAAAAGCGUGGUCAACGGUACGAUAUCAAUUCCAACGCCAUCCCCGAUGACAACAGAGCAGAUGGACGCGCCGCUCCUGGACUCCAGUUUUCCAACGCCUCCAUCCCCAUCAACAACAGAGGACUCAAUAAUCGUAGCAUCGGUGCAGACAAGUCGUAGUAUUUCUGGUGCUCGUUUUCUCCCAUUCGACCUGAAUGGAGAUCUCCCCAGGUCGGCGAACACGAGCGAGGGCACCCGCAAGUCAAUUGAAUCAACGGAAUCGAUAAUCGACAAGUUGGAUCGAGUCCAGUCGGAGUUGUCCAGUGGUUUCCUAACGGGAGGUUUCAGAACAGCUGGAAAUGCACUGCAGCUGGACGUCCUGAGCGAGCAGAGGCCGACGCCGCCGAGGAAGAGUUUCACGACGACGGGAAAACCACCGGUGAUAAGUAAAUUUGUGCCGAAGAGGUACAACGAGCGCAAGGGGCCAACAUCGACGGAGACAGAGGGGAAUCCGGAGGGAACCCUUGAAGGAACAACACCUGGUGGAAUUCCUGAGGUAAUCCAGGGAACAAAUGUCCCCUCCAGGUCCAAGGGGACGUUCAAGUGGCCUUCGUCCAGCCGUAGCAAGGCCUCCACCACUGAAUCCCCGAGAGUCCCUAAAAUUUUCCCUAGAAUCAAAGCUGAUGUCCAGGACAUCAGCGCUUUCCUUCCACCAGGUUUCAAGCUGAAGAAGGAAGAGGAAAACACAGAAAAAUCGAUAAUCAGUGAUAUUCUCGCUAGAUCGAAGAUCAAUGUCUCCUCGCUGUUGCCAGCGAAUUACGAGCCGACGGAGGGGCCCCCUCCGAGUAGCACAGAGUCGUCUGGAGGCUCCAUUCAGGAUCUCUUCAGCAAGUCCAAUGUUGAUAUCAGUGCAUUCCUCCCAGCUGGGUACAAUAAGGAAAUUAAAUCGGAGAAAAGAGAGAGGGAAAAGGAGGAGAAGAGAACGACGACAGCAUCGCCGAUUCAGAAGACCCUCCAGGAGUUGUUCUCCAAAUCGGCGCCGGAUAUAUCGGCAUUGCUGCCAGUGGGCUAUGAUAAGGAAAAAAACGCAACCCGGGAGAUCGGUACCACGGAGGGGACCACCGAGGGAACCACCAAGCCUUCUGGUGGCGUUAAAUUAGUCUUCCCUAGUCGACCUGGAGGGCGAAAAGCUGUACAGAAAGCUGCCACUCCCAUGAGUCGGGCUAAUGAGGCACCCACUGCUGUUACUCCCAAAAUUCAGAAGGGCUGGCCCACCAGAGCUACAACCGAGUUCACAGGGUGGCCGACGCCUUCAACCACUCCCAUCUCCAUCGAAAAGCUCCUGGAGGCUGCCAGAACGGCAACAAUCAGUUCCAUCAACAGCUCGAUCAUACCAAUCACCAGUGAAGCAUCAACGACACCUUCGACAACGACAACAACAACUACUGUACGACCCACAACCCCUGGGUACUGCACUGAGGAGUGCGAAGUCGCUGGGACCAUCAGGAUUAUCGGAAAUGCCACCUGGGUACCCGAGCUCUUUGAUAGAAACACCAGAGAGUGGCAGGACCUGGCUAAUGUCGUCGAGAAGGAGAUCAAUCUCGUCUAUAUAAAAUCAGCGAUUCUCCGGAAAUGGUACAAGAAUGUGCGAAUCGAUGCGUUCAGCCCUGGGAGCAUUUUAGUAGACUACUUCGUCGAGCUCCAGGAUCUCACUCAACGAAUCAACACUCAAGAACUGAGAGUUCUGUUCCACGACUCCUUGAGAACUUAUAACGCCCACAAAUGGAACGAAUCGAGAACCACGAAGGCCCCACUGAGACUAGGAGAAUUCCUCAUCGACCCGAAAUCCACGGAUUUCGUUGUAAUUCCAAGAGUGAGUUUGCCACAACACAUCGAGAGGGAUGACAGACUGAUACCCCAGUGGGCCAUUGCUGUCAUUGUCAUUGGAGUUGGAGGACUAGUGUUCAUCAUCAUCUUCGGGGUUUCUGUGCUGGUCAAUCGACAGAACACUGCGAAGCUGCGGCCCUCAGUCUCGGGAAUGUAUACUGAGGAAGCAGCCAAGAACAUCAUCCAGGCGAGCCAAGCAGCCACUUCUCACAGGUCCUCCCAGGAUUACCCUAAAUCGGAAAUCUCCACAAUUUGGAAUGAGACUGACGCAUGGAGAGAAAAAUCAUUCGAGUCCAACUCGAACAAGAUUUUGGUUGAUGGAAUUCGGCAGGACGAGAAGAAAUACAAUGUUUACGACAGUUGGAGAUCGGAAUGGAAUGGAUACUAUUACCAGCCCUCGCAGUCAAGCAGCAAAUUCCAGGGAUACGAAAGCAGUGCCUACUCUCACCAUCCGCCAGAUUAUGACACGAAUUUUUGACGAAUCAAGACUAAAUUUAUUAAAA